GCGCAGGGAACGUGUGCCAAACACAUACUACUCCCGAGUGACAACGUGAUUACUCCCGCGUCUAACAACAUUACCUAAUACUAUUUCGUAAACUUUGACGCGUGCUAAAAUAAAAACUAUCAACUGUGUUGUGUUCAUUUGAGAAGGGAUUUUUUAGUGCCUCAAUAUGUUGGACAAGUCUAUCCUUGGCGGUAGUUGGGAAAGCGUGGUGUCGAGAGACGACUACGAGAUUGACUACAGUCCGAGUCCAAGAGGGUCUCCGUUGAAAGACACAUCCAACAUUCAAGAUGAGCAGCCUUACUGCAUCAGCCGCCAUAAUCCUAAUAAGACAUUCCGUCGCGAAUCUGUCAUCGCAUCGUGGAAGAGUUUGAAGAAAGAAAGGGAGCAGGCAUUGGGAAAGCGUAUUAUAUAUGUCGACGCUGAUACCUACCAGGAUUACUACGGCAGGAACAAAGUCAAGCGAUGCAAAAGUGAAAGGACUGCCAAUGCUCCUAGGGUUCCGAAGAAAGUAAAACGCACUUAUUCUGUACUCUACAGGUAUGAUCCUAGAGAAGAAAAAGUGGUCAAGGAAUAUAAGUAUCAGUUACCCAAAGAACCAGAGGCGCCAGUUCAUACACCUUUACAGAAAUCAUUUUCGGAGCCGUUCCUGGGACCCGAGAGGAUACCAAAGAAAAAAGUAAAGCGUUCUUUUACAACACUGUUGAAUAUUAAAACCAAAUUCCUUAACAUUUUUACGUCAAAGAGCUAAAAUACUUAGGUACUUAUGAUAAGAAUAGUUGCUCAAUUCAAUGCAUUUUGUACAUAGGUAGAUAUAGUUUUCUAUAAGUGAGGUAUAAAUGUGAUGAUCUAAUCAGAAUUUGGCUUGAGUGAUGAUGGCGUGUUGAGUGUUACGUCAAUUGUGCAAAUUAUGAAUUACUCAACAAUAUUAAUUAUAGUUACUCGUAUAACAUCAACGACGUAAUAUAUGUAAUAUAGUCAUUGAUACUGCAAAACGUACGGAAUGAGAAAUAUCCGAUACGAAUUAUUUAU